UGGAGCCAGAACCACCUGUUCGAGGGGACAGCAAAAUCCAGGGAACCAGACACACCCCUCUCUCCUUGCGGCUGCCUGGGACAAGGGGACUCUAGUGGUACCUUCCUGGAAACAUCUAUCCAGACUUUCUGAGCCAGAAGGUACCUCCUGGAGUGUCCAAACUGCCCAUUUCACAGAGGAGGAAACUGAGGCCCAGAGAUAGAGAAGUGACUUGCCUAUGGUCGCACAGUGAAUCCGGGGUAGAACACAAGAUUUCUGGAUGUGAAGUCUUUAGGGAACCAGGGCCAGGGAGGAGUCUGAGAGCCUGAACUAGGGCUACUCAGGGCCUGAUCUCCAUCCUGUCUUGAGCUUGACAUCUUCCACAACUGGCUGGGACAUGGAGCAUCAGCGAAGGGCAUCCAGGUCGUGUGGCCUGGUCAGCGAGCAAGUGUGAGCCAACCACCUCUCUACCAUGCCCCCGGGGCCCUGGCUUUGCUUGGCCUUGCUCCUUGCAGCCCGGGCCCAGAGCUCCUGGGGUCCGUGGCCCAGCAGGGCCCAGCCCCCGUGGCCCAGCGACCUCAGCAUUAGCAUCAGCAGUGCCCGUCACGCUCGGAGCUACCAUCACCUGGAAGGUGACGUUCGAUGGCGAAGGCUCUACUCAUCCACCCACUUCUUCUUGCACAUUGGGCCCAGUGGCAGGGUCGAAGGCACACGGCAGCCCCACUGCCCCAACAGCAUUGUGGAGAUCCGCUCCGUCAGAGUGGGUGUUGUGGCCAUAAAAGCAGUCUACACAGGCUUCUACUUGGCCAUGAACCGGAGGGGGAGACUUUAUGGGACGAGGGAAUACAGCACCAACUGCAAAUUCAUGGAACGGAUUGAGGAGAAUGGCUAUAACACCUACGCUUCGCUUCACUGGAGACAUGAAGGCCGACAGAUGUUUCUGGCCCUGGAUGGACGGGGUGCCCCUCGCCAAGGUGGCCGGACCCGCCGGCAGCACCUCUCCACUCACUUCCUGCCCAUCUUGGUCUCCUGAGCCUGAAGAAAGGACU